UUAAUUACCACAUCAGAGUUGGUUCAGAGAUUGCAGAUCAUGGCCAAAAUGGCAGACUACCUGUACAUUCUAAUGAAGGAUGUGUAUGGAGAGAAGGCUCCAGUGAAGAUCAUGUCUGUCAGUAUAGGCAGUCCAAAACCUGUUCAAGUGUUACGAGGUGAACUGCUUGCUCUAAUUCACCAUAGAGAGUUGGUACAGCGCUAUGAAGGAAGACCACCUCACAACUAUCGCUCUACGAAAGACACCAGUGUCACACUGUAUGGUGGUGAAGACGAUGAGUAUGUGUCUCCACUUGGCAGAGAUCUACAGCUUUUGGAAGCUAUUGAAAGGCCUUCCGAUCGAUAUGCUGUGUUCUCUGAGGACAGUAAGCUGGAAUGGGGUGGCAGACUGAAGAAAUGUGACCAGGUCUAUGUGAGGCUCCCCACACCUGCACCCACCUGGUCUGCUGGUGCAGUGAGAUAUGUUGGACCUGUGGAGUCAUUAUCAGGGAGGAACUUUGGAGUGGAGAUUACAACUACUUGUCUACAGGAUUCUCGUUACCUUGGAAAAGGUAGCAGUGAUGGUUUCUUUGGGGGAUGCAAAUAUUUUGACUGUGAUCAAGACUGCGGUCUCUUUGUGUCUCUGGAUAAGCUUGCUGCUAAACCACCUCACCAAGUGCCCCAUGGCUCCACACGUCAGCAGCUAAAGAGCUCUUCUCCAUCAGGGGUCAACUCUUCUACCCACGGGUCACCUAUCGAUAAGCCCCCUACACAUAUGUUCAAGAUCAACGAUCGUGUGGUGGUCUACAACAGGAAGAAAGAACCCAUGGGUGGAACUGUUCGCUGGAUUGGUAGGGAUUUACAGACUAGAACACUGGAUACCAACCAUAUCGGCAUUGAAACAGACUCAAUUGCUGUCACUAAUUUCUUCCCUAAAGCACUGACAGCAAUAGCUGUCACUAAUUUCUUCCCUAAAGCACUGACAGCAAUAACUCACUUGUUCAAGGCUAAAUCUGGUUACCGUUUAGUACUCCCUGAGCAUUUUGUGUUUAGAGAAGAGUUGGCCAACACUCGAGAUGUUGACCUUUCAGACCCAGCAGCUGUUGCACGUGAGGAAGGCUUGAGUAAGGGACAGUUUAUGGCAGCGCAGAAGAAAGCUUUGAAGGAUGCUGAAGAGGCUAAAAGAAAGGAGAACAGAAAGAAAACUGCAAAUGUACAACCUAAUAUGAAACGAGUGACGAAUCAUACCCAUGUGGCACCACAAAACACUGGGGAUGCAGACUAUAUUAACAUUGAAGCAGUAGAGCAGCAUGCACAGAGUCGACAAAACGACCAACCGAAUCAACCAUCUCAGUUAAACGAUUACGAUUCCUCGAGAAGCUCCAACUUCUACAAUCUGGCAGUGGGUUCAACUGUUCAAGUGGCAACUAUAAAUCCCAACGAGCCACCACACUAUGGAGUGAUCAGGUGGACUGGCAGAGUAGCUGGAGUAGAUGGUCAGGUGGCUGGGAUUGAACUAGAGGACUAUAUGGACGGAUGUACUGAUGGAACAUUCACAACCACAGGAGAGAAGUAUUUCACCUGUACCUUUGGUCAUGGACUGUAUUUCCCACUGGCUAACCUCCGUCCUGACGAAAGGUUUGGAUUACAAGCUGGACAUGCUGCAUCAUCAGUAGGGAAUCCUAUAAAAGUCCCAAUGGAAGAGCAAACAGACCAAUUCAUUAAUGACCCCACUGAGCAAAUGUUGAGAUACAUUGGAAACAGCCGUGGUAUCCAGGGUCACCAGAACUCCUGCUACCUGGACUCCACCAUCUUUGGUCUGUUUGCCCUCAGUGAUGUCUUUGACACCAUCUUCCUGGACCCAGACAAAUCCAAUAUCACCAGCGAUCAGAACAGGAAACGUGUUGCCCACCUACUGUGGAAGGGAAGAAUCGUCAAUCCUCUCAGAAAGAAUGGUGUGGUGAGGUUUGAGUCAGUGAUGAAGAUGAGAAAUGCUCUGGAAGAACUCGGGAAGAUGGAGGGAAUCACUGAGAAGGAGAAAGAUCCUGAGGAGUUUCUGAACAUGCUCUUCAAACACGUGCUACACACGAGGCCAUUCAUCUCCAUCAGGCGUCCGUUUGGUGUGGAGGAAGAGUUUUUUGUUCAACUGUUUGUGGAAUACGACCCAAACCUCAGACCACCCACUGUGGGAGACCUACUCAGAAAAAUGUUCCUAGAGCAGCACAUCUCAUUCACAAAGGUUCCCUCAAAGCUUCUGCUUCAAGUUCCUCGGUUUGGAAGAGAGUUCCAAAUAUACAAGAAGAUUGUUCCUGAGCUGAAACUGGACAUCAGAGAGUUGACUGACGCCUACAAAAAAGCUCCAACUCCGGCCUGCCAUUCGUGUGGGGAGGAGUCAACUAUCCAGUGUGAGAGUUGUGGUCCUCUCAGUCAGCAGCAGUUCACCCACUACUGUCAGCGCUGCUCUGACCUCUUCCAUAGCAACCCCUCUCACAAGGACAGAGCUAAUCAUAGGCUAACUGUUGCCGUUGCUGCUACUCCAGCGGAUGAUCCCGAGCUGGCACAGUUGGACCUUCUCUCUGUGAUCUGCAUUGAGACCAGUCACUACGUCUGCUUCACUAGAGACCCAAGGGAUGACAUUGGGAAGAAGUGGAUCUUCUUUGACAGCAUGGCAGACAGGCAAUAUGACACGUACAACAUUCCACGUGUGACUGACUGCACUCGUGAGCUGAAUGAGUGGGUGUAUGAGGGAGACCAGGACAGGUUGAUCAACACACCACCAAGAGAGCUACCAGAGUUGGUCCGACGGUUCACUCAAGACAUCUACAUGUGUGUCUAUGUUCAGCCUGAUGUCGCCAUGUAUGGAGACGGUGCUGAAGAGGAUCAUCAACCACGUUCAGUCAGAGAGCCUUACUCAAUUAUCACUGAAUUGUCCAAACUUAUGGAGAGCAAAGAUGACAUCGUUGAGGAGCUCAAGCAAGAAAUCACUACUCUUCAGGCUAAGAACAGAAGUCUUCAACAGAGAAUCGAAACCAAUCAGGCCGAGCAAUCUCAACAUAUCCAACUAUUGGAAGCUGAAAAGGAACAGUUGUUGCAACAUUACAAUGAGCGAGAACGUACCACCUCUCAAGAAAUGGCUGAGAAAGAAGAGCAAAUGCAACAACAAAAGCAAAAUUCAGAUAAUGAAAAGCGCCAACUAGAAAAGCAGAAGCAACACCUUGAAUCUCAAUCACAGCGCUACCAACAGCAGGCUCAGGACAUGCAGCAACGAAGGCUAGAGGUGGCAGAAAGCCAAUCAAGUCAGUCAAAGUUUUCUGAGCUCCAAAUUCCGCGACUAGACCAAGACUCGUGGAAUGUACGAAGACAAGAAGUUGUAUUACAAGACAACCUAGGACAUGGUGCUUGGGGAUCAGUGUGUUAAGGGUUGUUCCGUGGUCAGCAAGUUGCAGUAAAGUGUGCACACACAAAAAUACUCCACAAAAACACGAUUGAUCUGCUUAAAAGAGAGAUUCGAAUCAUGGCUCAUGUUCAACACCCCAACCUGGUGCGACUGAUUGCUGCUGUAGUGGACGCUGGUGUGGAGAGAGGUACUGACUCACCUCUGCUUGUUCUGGAGUUCUUGGAUACUGACCUUCGAUCCGCUUACGAAAGGAAAAUUGUCAAUUUCCAAAAGGAUGCUUUGUUAUCGAUAUUUCGAAGGUGGCUUAUGCCCUCCACUACCUCCACGAGCAUCAAGAGCCCAUCAUCCACCGUGAUGUGAGUGCUCCCAACGUCCUCCUCCAGCAAAUACACCCAGGAGUUUGGAAGGCAAAACUAUCCGACUUUGGAUCAGCCAAUCUGGCUAAAAGCUGCAAGACAGCAGCUCCUGGUGCUAUUGUGUAUGCUGCCCCCGAAACCUUCCCACCAUCUAAUCUGGACGAUCCCCUUCCGAAACAAACUACAAAGAUUGAUGUGUACAGUUACGGCUACCUCCUAGCUGAGGCCAUUGCCAAGGAGAUGCCUUCCCCUGAGAACAGAAGAGCAAUACUAUUACGUAUCAAGAGUGAGUGGGAACAAGUGUACGAUAUCAUAGCAGCUUGCGUCGAGAGCCAACCAGACAAUAGACUAUCAAUGACCCAAGUACUUGAAAAACUCAAUAUGCUACCAUCUCAGUAACUAGAGUUUUUUGUUGUGUAUUUUGUAUUUUUACGCAUUUUUUGCAUGCACUAUGAAGAUCGA